AUGGCUGCCAUGGUUGAAGACCUCCCCAUUGCACUGCGGCGGACGCGUCGGAGCAGUGCAGUCUUGCACAGCCAUCCUCAAGAAGCACAACGGCCAAAGUCCCCGACCGUUUCUACUCCGAGCCGCGGGGCCAAGAAGAGAGUCCGCUUCUCAGACCCAGGCCCCUCCUCUGACCAUGAUGCACACGUCGAUGAUGAACACCUCUCUGCCUCGACCGGUCUGACACCGCACAUCCGUCGGACAACGCUCGAGCCUGGCUCCGGGACCAAGAGACGUCGUCACUCUGGUCCAGUCUCCCAAGACCGCCCAGUUGUGUUCGACUCUACCAUCGAUACGCGACAUAGCGGCGAGGUGACCUUCCUCCCUCUGCGCCAAGUCCUGGACGGCCGUGUCAAGCGGAGGAUCAGGCGCAACGGUCUCAGCGAGGAGAUCAACAUCAUCACUGCCGAGAGGAGAAAAAAGGCACAGCAGACCAGCGAAGAAAUAGCCGCCCUGAGGUCUGAAGUCGCUGCCAAGGACGCUGAGAUCCGCCGUCUCUCUGGCGCCACAGCAGUCGGUCAAGAGGAAGACGAGGAGACCCAAGAGAGCAUCGACGAGCUGAAGAGGCAGGUGUCCCAGCUCAGGCGGGUCCUCAAGAGCCCUGACUCGUCAAACGAGACCGAGGACACUAUCGACUACAACACCACCCGCGUGGACUGGGCCAUGCAGGUCCGAGACCCUUUCUCCAGCGAGUACUCGGAUAUGGAGCUUGACGCCGAUGAUGAUGACGAUGAUGAGGACCACCACUUUGGUGACAAAACCAUGGCUGAACUGGCCUGCAGCACGCCGUCCCGUCGGUCCUCCAACAUAAGGAAUUCGUUCCCCACCCCGCCGUCGACCAGUCCACAUCUGGGGCCAAUAACGCCGAGCAGGCGGCAUCCCGUCACCCCUACGUCGCAGGCCGCUGUGCAGACCUCGUUCGCCGCCGCCGACAGGGAGGAGCUGGAGGACGAGCUCGCGUCGCUGCAGCUCGAGAUCGCCAAGCUCACCGGCACGCUCGAGACGUACGAGUCCAUGACGUCCCGCCUGUCCGAGAAGCUCUCCCCCUGGGCGCCCAAGGACGGCUCGGCCACAGCCCUGAUCAUGGACUCGCGCUCCCCGGCCGUCAGGGUCGAGGCGCAGCUCAACAACCUCCUGCAGGCCCUCUCGGACCGCACCGCCGCGCUCGAGGGGCUGGACGCGUCGCUGGGCGAGCUGGGUUUCCCCGGCGGCGACGCCUCCGAGGUCGUGCUGUCGCUGUCGUCGGCGUUCCGGACCGCGCGCCUCGAGCUUGAGUACCUCACGCCGGGGGAGAUCGCCCUGCCCCUGACGGCCGCGGGCGCCGCGGUGCUGGACCUCCUCCUGACGCGGCUGCGGGAGCUGGCGAAGCGCACCCUCGAGUGCGAGGACGCCAUCGACGAGUACCACGUGCUCGAGCUCUCGCUGCGCAAGCAGCUCGGUGCGCGGGCCGAGGCCAUGGACGCCGCCAAGGCGGAGCGGGACGCGCUGGCGGGCGAGGCUGGGAAGAAGGAUGCCCGCAUCAGAGAGCUCGAGGUCGGGGUGCAGCGGCUCAAGGGCGCGGUCAAGUCGUACACGCGGGACGUGUCGGAGCUGGAGGGGCUCGUGCAGCGCCUCGAGGGCGACCUGGACACGGCCAACAAGGACCUGCGGGCGGCCAGGGAGCAGAACGAGGCCGACGCGGAGGAGCGGGCCGACGCGGCCAGGGAGAAGGACUUCGCCGCCGCGAUGCUGGAGGAGAAGCUGGGCCUGGCGCUGGAGCAGACCUCGGAGCUCAAGGACCAGCUCGAGGAGCUGCGGGCGAGGCACAGGGAGGACGUGUUCUCCAUGUCGCAGAGGCACGGCGUCGACCUGGUCAUGCGGGACUCGAGGGUGUCGGAGCUGAGGCUCGAGGUCGACCGCGUCAACGAGGCCCUGCGCGAGGCCCACGAGACGGUGCAGAACCUGCGGGUUGAGAACGGCGCGCUGAGCGACCGCCUGGACUCGGAGAAGGCCAAGGCCAAGGCGGCCAUCGACACCAUGAAGAACGAGCUGGAGCGGGUUGUGCGGAUGGGCCAGGACCUCAUGGCUACGCCUAGGAAGAAUCCCGGGCGAGGGUCACGCCCUCAUUAG